AUGAGCUUCCAGAACAUGAGCAAAAAAUCAUGGGAAUCGCUUUCGUCGACAUUUUCCCAUCUCGAAGUUUCGAUAUCUCGAGAUAGCUGCUAUUCUUCAGACGAUAUGUCUGCAACUUCAAACAAACCUGCCAAUGACACCGCAUUGACACCCACCGCCACUUCUAUACGCCCGUUAUUGAAGCCAAUCUUGAAGAGGCCUUAUGCUGAAAUCGAAGAGGAUGAAGAGUCAGAGUCGGGUUAUGCGUCAGAUGACUCCGGAUUCAAUAAUGACCACAUUUUCGAAGAAACCGACGGAGACAUUUGCGAUUUUCCCGAUUGGGAUGACACCUCAGAGGUUAUGUCCGAGUUCUGUAUUGAUGAUGUCGAAUCUUUUGACGGUUCAUUUAUAUCCUUUGAGUCCAUGGUGCGCUUCGACUCCAACGUGCACUAUAUUGAGCCACCAGAAUAUGAAGAAGAAAACAUCGAUACCGGAAUGACCUGUCACGAGAUGAUGGCACUCGCACGCGCAUCGUCCUAUCCGAACAAGUCUCACGAGGAAACUUAUAGUGGGACAGAAACCAGCAACGUCGACGACACCAAUCACGAAGCCGUUUCUGAUUCCAUCGAGCAACUUCCUGAGCACACUAGCGACAUUCUCGACCUUGAUAAACGACUCUUUGUGGCCUACAUGAACGGCAUGAAUGGCAUCGCGGACUCCACAUACAAAAUGCGUCUCCGUUCCCAGGUCACCGAUUUCAAGUCAGGUCGCGUGCAAUCGCCAUUUCUAGAUUUGCACACGGCAAACGGGGUGUACUUGGAUACAGUUCUUAACCAUGUUAUCGGGACUUUCCGCAACAUUGUCGUUAGGGAGGAAUUUGAUGAACUCGCCGGCCUCAGCGGCCUCGACGGCAAGAAGGAGCGCGCGGCAUCCGGGCAGACUAUGUUCGAUAAGAUCGAGCAUCUACUCUCCAAGCGACUUACGAGCGACGAUCUUGAAAUUGGCCCCGAUGAAUUGAGUUUUUUUGCCAGUGGCGUGGUCUAUGCACUUGAAAAUUGGAAAUUCUACGCCUUCAAUCGCGAUGAUCCACGGAGUGACAAGCUCCAGCAUCAUGGAUGA